AUGUCAGAAGACACCUGCAGUUUCUGCCUUGGAACCGAUACGGAUAUUCCGACGUUUGGAACCUUGCAAGAUGCUCAAGAUUUUGUACAUCCAUGUAAUACUUGUUCCUUAGUAACCCAUAGAAAAUGCUUACUUGAUUGGUUUAAUUCAAUUCCCGUUGACGAGUUAAUGAUUGUUCUUGGUAGAAGACACCAUAGUGAUAACGGCCUGAAUCUGAGUCUCAUAAAUGAAAUUGGUGUUGCUACUCCUUCUGUCGAUCAAAAUCUGUCAUUUCAAUUUAGAUUCUAUACACAAUUACCGCGGUGGUUAAAUAAUAAUGACUCGGUGGCUUCAACUCCUACUCCUACUAGUACGGCUACAUCAUCCCCACCACAACCAAUUUUAAAUUCUUCGUUGCCACUUUCAGAUAUGGUGUUUAUAAUUGUUCCGUGUCCCCAAUGCAAACAACAAAUAAUAUUCUCCAUGCGUCGAUCCAAAUUCAUAAGUUUUCAAAACUCUGCUAGAGUCUUUGUUACCCGGGUUGUAAACUAUGGUGGAAUUUUCCUUAUAAUCACAUCGGCAAUAACUGGAGUCUUGUCAAUGGGAUACAUUGGGUUAACUACGUGUGGAUUAAAGAUUAUGGAUUGGAUGGUACCUGGAACAGCGUUGGUACAAAUGUUAACUAAAACCACGCCAAAGAAACUGACCCUGAAUUAUAUAAGUUCUUCCUUGAAGCAAUUACUUUUUGGGGAACAAUCCCACCAGCUGUAUGCGAUUGAUAAUUUAGAAACUGCAUUGGUUCAUGGAUUGAUUGACCCUUUCAAGUUUGCCCGGAUACCUACUAUUCCGUUGGUGUUAUAUCGUAUGAGAAGCAGUUCAAUUCUUGAAUGUUUCUGGGGUAAGGAUAGAUGGAAUACAAUCUAUGAGGAAAUAAUGAUCCUCGGAUAUUUUUCAAAUCUUGGUGAUAAUGAAUUACUCAAAGGCAUUUUCCAUAACUUAGCCCAAAAUUUAAAACAUCCAACUAAACCAAUAUCGUUAUUGUCGGGAAUAAACUUGUUUAAAAUUAGUAACUUGAUUUCCAUGAUUAUUCCAGUGCGCUGGGCAUACGAUGUACUAUACCGAUUAACUAUCAACAGAAUGUAUUUUGAUCUUGCCUUGAAGGCACAACCACGACAAAUUGCCAAUCAUUUACCCCCACAAGAAAUGGAAGAACUUGAAAGAAUAUACUCUGAUAUAAACCAGUUAAAGGGACAGAUCCAUAAACUGACGUCUCCAUCAUUCAUCAAUUCUUCACCGUUGCUUUCUCUGAUUUAUAAAAAGUUUCAAUUAAUGAAAUCCAAGAACUAUCUCCAACUCAGGUUAAUGUCCCACUAUUAUAAAACUAUUGCUUGUUUACGAUAUGAUUAUUCAAACACUUUCACUAACUAUAGCACGACUACAAAAGCAAUAACUACAAUCUUAUGGCCAUACGUUGCGUCUAAAGUAGGGAAAUUUAUUAUGAAAUUACUUGUAAAGAAUCAAUCUGAUCGGAAUCUUGUUCUUGUUAAUAUGGCUAGUAUGAUUAUUGUUGCUGUUUUUAAAGAAGUAUUUAAUGUAUGGUUGAGUAAAAUCAAGUCAAACCAACGGAGUCAAAUUAAAACUGUAACUAUUGAAGAGGUAGAUGUAAUUACUGACGUGGAAGAUGACUAA